AUGUCUUUAACAUAUUUUAUACUUGCAACAACUUUUCGAAAUGGUUUCAUCUGGAUAGACGCAAGCUUUCUAAAGGCUGGUCAUUACACUGCUCUUCCAGAAUCAUCUGGUCAUUGUGUUUUCUUUAACAUUUGCUUCGUUUUGGGCAGACCAGGUGCUGGAAAAGGUACAGUGUGCCAGCAGAUUGUGCAAGAAUAUGGAUUUGUGCAUUUAUCUGCUGGCGAAUUACUUCGACAAGCUCGUGACUCAUCAGACUCUGAAUUUGCUAGUAAAAUACAAGAACAUAUGAAAAAUGGGACAAUAGUACCAGCUAGAAUUACCUGUGGUUUAUUAUACCAAGCAAUGAAAAAAAAUUAUCAAACUGCAAAUUGUACAAAUUUUCUUGUGGAUGGUUUUCCACGUAAUGAUGAUAAUCGUUUAUGUUGGGAAGAAGAUUUAGGUGUACAUACAAUAUUGAAACGUGUCAUUGUCUUAGAUUGUCCAGAUGAUGUUUGUAUUCAGCGUUGCCUUGGACGACAGUCGAAUCGAAUAGACGAUAAUGAAGAAACAUUAAAACAUCGCAUAAAGCAGUUCCAAGAACAAUGUAUGCCGGUGAUUCAUUUCUAUGAAGCCAAAAAUUUAGUAACCAGAAUUAAUGCAAAUAAGUCUAUACCUGAGGUAUGUGAACAAGUUCGACACAUGAUGAAAACGCUGAAUAUCAACAGUUGUAAAUGA